AUGGACAAAAAUUCUAGAAUUACCUUCCAGCUUGACUCUCCAUAUAACCAAACGGCUUGGCCUGAAGUUGCAGCCGGGGAUCAAGACACAAUCCUGGAAUUGCUUUGCAGCAUUGUUUCUCCAGUUGGCCAAUGGCGAUCUAACUUCGUUCUUCCAUCCAAGGGGAAACGCAGUCAGAAGCGGAAACGCAAGGACGCGAAAUCUAAAGAAGCCAAGUCCGACGAUUCGAAACCUCCAGCCCCGGAAAUAUCCUCUUUUCUAGAAAUUGGAUUGAAUGUUGUUACCAGACGACUUGAAGAACAAAUAUCGAAAUCUAAAGAUGAUGAGCUUCAAGGGAAGCCAAGCUCUGUUUUACAAAACAGUCUGUCACACGCAGAAGGGAUUUCUCUCGCCGCAAAGAGAGCGAUUAGUUCUGCGAAGCAAACGCACGUCGUGACCCCCUUUGUAGCGAUCUUCGUCCUUCGUCCUUCUCAGCCUACGGUUCUGCAUGCACAUCUACCCCAAUUGAUAGCUGCUUCGUCCCUUUGCACCCCAUCGCUCCCAACACCAAAACUUGUCCAACUUCCAAGCGGUUGCCAGUCGAGGCUGUGCGAAGCUCUCGGUCUAGCACGAGUAAAUUUCAUCGGCCUACGAGAAGGGGCACCAAAUAUCAGUCAGUUAGUUGACCUCAUCCGGACUGCUGUUCCAGAUAUCAAAAUACCGUGGCUAGACGAAGCCACAAAGGCGGCAUAUCUUCCCGUCAAGGUCAAUGCGAUUAAAACUACAGUUGGACCAACCAACAAAGCUUCACUAGCAACAGGCAAGGGAGCCAAUCAACCAUAG